CUUUACUCACGUCAGCCAUGUUUGUGAAAUUGAUUGUUUUCGAAGAUAGCGUACAUUUUAGCAAAUAUUGUAAAAACUGAAUUCGUUUCCUGUUGAUUUGGUGCCUUUUUUCGACUAGGGGAAGAUUUAUCUAGCUUUGUAUUGAUUAUAAAUCAUACGAUUGCUUUUUUUUCCAAGAUUAAUUUAUAUAAUUUAGGUUAAAAUGAGCGUCAUAAUAAGGCUGCAGAAUCUACCUUGGUCGGCGAACGCGUUGGACAUUCGGCAAUAUUUCGCAGGUUUGAGUAUACCAGAAGGAGGCGUUCAUAUUGUUGGUGGAGAAUUGGGAGAUGCUUUCAUAGCUUUUAGCACGGACGAAGACGCUCGUCAGGCCUUCCAACGUAACAAUGGAAAGAUCAAGUCCAUACAGAUCACCCUUACACUCAGCUCCCGCACGGAGAUGCAGAGGGUUAUCGAGGCAGCCCGUAGCCAGACCUACUCGGCUUUCAUGCAGACUGCGCCACCCGCUCCGACACCUAUGCCAGCCGCCGUACCACCCAUUAUACCAGCAGCAGUUCCGGAAAUCAAGAUCGAUAUAACCAAAGACGGUAAAAACGACAAAAAAGAGCGCGAGAGAAAGCGAUCGCGUUCCAGAGACCGUAGGGAUCGUUCUAGAGACAGACGCGACCGUCGAUACAGAGAUCGCAGUCGCUCGAGAUCUAGAGACAGACGGAGGAGAAGAGACAGAAGCAGGUCCAGGGAUCGUUCCCGAUCAAGAGAUCGUAGAUCUAGGGAUAGUAGUCGAAGGCGAUCCAACGAAAAAGUUAUCGUUAAAGAGCAGAGAAAAAUUGAACCUUGGGUUCAGAACGAGCCACUUAUCCAACAACCAAUCCUCACUCCGAAUCUGCUCACCAACACCAUCGAAGAGCUCAGGAGGAAUAUGAUCAUGAGUCCCGCUCUGGCCGCUAACAACUUCCAGCCUAAUCUUACGCUCAAUCGGGGACGAGAGAGUUGGCCUCAAGCCAACCUUUCCAUGCAGAAAAACCAAAACUUCCCGAUGAGAUCCAACGACGACAAUUUCUCCAACGACCCCAGGACUUUUCAGCACAACAAAACGGACACUGCAAAUUUCGAUAGGAACAAUCGACGAAACGUAUUCACGAAAAUAAACAAGUCCAUGGAGGCUGAAUCAAGGAACCAGUUCGACAAUAGGGUGCCGCCGCCAAAUUGCUGCAUUAAAAUCAAACCGUUCUUUGGCGCUUACGGCGAUCUGCGACGUUUUUUCCACGGUUGUUUCAUCAGUAACAAAGGUAUCAAAUUUAUAAACGACAAGUCUGGUAUGAGGACCGGAAUAGUUUACGUUCAAUUCGGAAAUUCCGAGAGUAAGGUCGAGGCGCUGGCGAGAAACAAUGAAAAUAUGAACGGGAUAAACGUAUCCAUCACCCACUUGGAUGACAAAGAGUUUGAGAAUUCGGUGGACAGGUUCAUUCCAAGACAAGAGGAUGAGGAAGAUUUUCGUCAAUCUAAAAGUUUUCCCAACAAAACAAAGUUCUUCAACAGGUCCGAUAAGUCCGAUUCUGUGAAAGUGUUCACUUGCCUAACUGUCGAAGAUCUUCCAACUUACGUAAAAGAACAAGAUAUUAUGAAAAUGUUCUCGAACUAUCCCUUGACUAGCAUUAUAAUACCACCGAGAAGCCGCGACGGUUAUAUCGCCUACGUUAGAUUCAGCAAUGCUGAAGAUGCUAAGAAAGCGUUGUCCGAAACACAGUUGCAUAUUAUAGAAGGGAAACCUGUAACGGUCAGAGUUUGCAAAGAUGAAGAUUUCGAAAGAGUGAAUAAGGAACACGAUGUCAAAAUAACCCCUCCAAAUCCUAAAAGAAACAUCGAUACCGAUUGUCUCAGCGUAUCUGGUCUACCGCUAAAGACCAGUGACAGUGAUAUAGCUGAUUUCUUCUCCGACGUUGGUGUAAUACCGACGAGAAUUCAUCUCAUGAAAAAUAACUUCGGGGGUUUCACCGGGCAGGCAUUCUGCGAAUUCGAGACGUUACAAGAAGCAGAGAAGGCAUAUGCGAAGAAUUCGUCUUAUUUGGGUACCGAAUUGAUAAGCGUAACGCCAGUGAAAAGGAAAGAUAUGGAGGAAGCCGUAGGAAUUGCAUUGCCGCAAGAGAUCGUCAUAACAGACGAUGAACCCGAAGAAACAACCCCUCCUAAAGAUUCGAAAAAUAAAAUGUUGGAUAGUUUUCAAGGGAACGACAGAGUGCAAGAUAUGCAACAAGACAAUUUUCGUAAUCAAUUCUACGAUAAUAAUCAGCCCCGUCAAUUCCAAAAUCAAAAAAAUAAUUUCGAAGGUAAUGGUCGAGGGAGGGGUGGAUUUGGCGGUCGUGGUGGAAGGGGUAGUAGAUUUGGUCCCCCAAUAGGAAUGCGUAAUAUGCCUCAGGAGGUCCCUCCCGGUUGUACUGUUUUUAUGGACAAUAUUCCGUACAGAGCCGGUACAGAUGAGAUUUUAGAUUUCUUUGAGGGUUUUAAUGUGACAAAUAAUGUUAGUCGAAGAUUCAAUGCUAAUAACACGCCUAGCGCCGAAGCAAAAGUAGUUUUUCGCUCACCGCAAGAAGCUUUCGUUGCAGUUAGGGAAAAACAUAUGCAAACCAUUUGGGAUAGGCCUAUAUAUUUGAAGCAAGUGUAAAAUUAAUCUCUUCUUGUAUAUAUUGAUGUAUAUAAAUGGAAUGCUAGUGUGAACGUUAAUUUUAUCGAGUGAAACGGAAACUACAAUUUUGGUAAGAAUGAAUUUGAAAUGUUACUUUGGGAUAGUUUGACUGAAUGUUUAGAAGUACAAAUUUAUAUUAUUUCGGUAAGAUUUCUUCGAGACUCAUUCUCAAAAUAUUGUAAAUAUUCCAGGCUCUUUGUUUCUUUUCAGAUUGUAUUUAUUAUCUUCCUAUUCUCUUAUCAUGGAUAAAAUAAAAUAUAAAAUA